GAGCUCCGGACGCCACCCCGAUACCGCAGACACAGUCUGGACACACCGAACACAUCCCAGACAUCCCGGAGAACCUCACCCCCACAGCCCCGCCCUGUCUCUCCUUCCGUCCCCGUUUCCACUUCCGCCGCCGUUUCCGCUUCCGGCAGUGGUACUGCGAUGUCGGCUCUGGCGGCGAAUCCCAACAACCCCGUGGUUUUCUUCGAUGUAACCAUCGGCGGGCAGGAUGUUGGCCGCAUGAAGAUCGAGCUGUUCGCAGAUGUCGUACCCAAAACAGCAGAGAACUUCAGGCAGUUUUGUACAGGUGAAUUCAGGAAAGAUGGUGUCCCUAUAGGUUAUAAAGGAAGCACUUUCCACAGGGUAAUAAAGGAUUUCAUGAUCCAAGGAGGUGACUUCGUAAAUGGAGACGGCACUGGAGUAGCCAGCAUAUAUAGGGGUCCUUUUGCAGAUGAAAACUUCAAGCUGAAACACUCUGCUCCUGGCCUGCUUUCUAUGGCAAACAGUGGUCCGAGUACCAACGGCUGCCAGUUCUUCAUCACUUGCUCCAAGUGUGACUGGUUGGAUGGGAAACAUGUUGUGUUUGGUAAAAUUGUCGAUGGGCUGUUGGUCAUGAGAAAAAUUGAAAAUGUGCCUACAGGUCCCAAUAACAAACCCAAGUUGCCAGUUGUGAUCUCUCAGUGUGGGGAAAUGUGAAGUGAUGAAAAAGCAAUGUGUGUUCCUUUACUGGUGAUUAGACCUGUGCUGGCUCCAAGCAAUUCCAGUUCCAGCCAGCUCACCCACUGCCCAGACUUCUCCACAGGCCAGAUCCAUCCUCUUGAUGUUCUCCUGAAAUUAUUUAAUAAUGGGCUUUUUUUUUUUUUUUUUUUUUUUUUUUUUUUUUUUUUUUUUUUUUUUUUUGAAAUGUAAUUAAAAAAUUUUUAAACAUGUGCAGUGCACAUCAAUUAGCAUUAGUGGGAAUGGAUUCUUCUCUAGGUGAAAAGGGCUGUAACAUCUUCAGCAACAUGCAUUGUCCCUGGCCAGUUAGUCAGGAACAUUUACUGAUUGGUAUUGAAAGAAGGGGUGAAAGGAGCUUGGUAGAGCUGUGCUGCACCAGCUCUUUCACUCGGCAGGUAACUACAACUGCCUGGCUGGCAGAAAGGUUGUUGGCACAUCUUGGGAAUCUCCAGAACUGAGGAAUUGGUAUAGCACAGAUUCCAUCACCGUGAGUGCUACACUCUGAGGAGAGUUCUGAUGUAAACAGGUCUUUCAGUCAUCGAGCUGUUAUGUGCCACAUAUGUUGGAGGAGGGGUUCACCUGAGUACUUACAAGGGUGUUGGAGCAGGCUUGGGAAAAACAGAAUGGUGAUGCUAUAGGAAUGAAAUUGGGGCUGCUUGUCCUGUUUAGUGAGGAGAGUGCAGCUGAGGCUGCCUUUCUUCCAGAACAGGGCUGGGAGCUCACCCUCCUGGCAGGGGACAAGCCAGCACCCUACACAGUGCUGGGUUCCAGCAGGAACUUCUCAUCCAGCUGUUUAAAGGUAAAGGACCUGAUGAAAGUUAGGACAGAGUCUGUUCUGUCACAUGCAGGUGAUUCAUCCCAUGUGGAAAGAUCCCAACUGUGCCUGGGCAGUGGGUAUAGGGUGCACUCUCUGCCUGACCUGAGCCUUGCCCAGCACUGAUAGGCUGGAGGAAGUUCCCACAGGCUUAGCUGUGCUCUUUUCUCUCAUGGCUCUUUGAAAUCCUAGGAGAAGGCUCUGGCUGUCAGGAUUCCUACGUCCUCAUUCCUAGAAUUGCACAGCAGCUGAGAACACUCACUUCUCUCCAGCCUGAGGCAUGUCACUUUGUACCUGCAGAACAUCAGGUGAUAAAAGAAGCACAAGCACCCCAGUCCUUUCUUCCUCAGCCCCACACAUGCUUUGCAGAGGGCUCUCCUGUGAGAGGAGGGUUGAAGAUUCUCAACAGGCUGGCUCAGGUGCCUCAAGGAGCUAUGCCUGGCAGUGCUGUGCUGAGGUUUGCACUUCUGGCUGCUGGUAUUCACCAUUCAAAAAAUUCACCAUUUUUUCACCAGGGAAACAAGUUUAUUUCUGGUCCAGGAUUAGCAGCACUUUUUCAGCCUGAUGUAUUUAUACCACUGCCACCACCUGGCCUCACUUCCUGCAUAAAGGGGUCACAGAGCUUCCCCAGAUUAAUUAAGAGUGGCAAAUCCAUUACUACCUCUUUGUUAUUACAAUGGCUAAUUACAUCCCAUUAUAUUUCCCUUAAACGUGGAAUGUUACCUGCUGGCUGAAAGUCUUCUCAAAAACCACAUUUUUUGUUUUAAUUCCUCCAUGAUGGUGUCACCCUUGUGUUGUAUGUAGCAAAUCCUGGAAUGUCCUGUAGAGGAGAUGAUGGAACUCCUGUCAGCUUCCUUCAACUGUGGAUGCUGCAGCUGGAGAUGGUAUUUCUGGUGGCCUGUGCAUUUCCUUGAGGGUCUGAGUUGCCUUUGGAUUUCACAGUGUUACUCCACAAAGACAUCAUUGGGGUCCACAGUUUUGGCUGUAGGUGCAUGGCUCUGACAUUCCCACACAUUUCCUCCCUGGAGUUUUCUUCCUCAUGGGUGGCUGCCUGGUGUAUUCCCUAAUUUGCAUUCUAUAGUAAGAUUAUUUUUCAGGUGA